AUGGGAUCUGUCUCCAACCAGGAGCUCACAGGUGGGCUUUCCAAGCAUGUUACUGAUACCUCAGAUCCUCUCCAACCAGAGGAAUCCAAGGUCCUUCAAGGAUCUGGAGUAUGCAAAUGGUUCAACGUUAGAAUGGGCUUCGGCUUCCUCACAAUGACUAAGAAAGAAGGUGUUGAUCUGGAAACUCCUGUUGACGUCUUUGUGCAUCAGAGUAAACUGCACAUGGAAGGUUUUCGUAGCCUGAAGGAGGGAGAAUGUGUGGAAUUCACUUUCAAGAAAUCUUCAAAAGGCUUGGAAUCCACAAGAGUGACAGGACCAGGGGGUGCUCCUUGCAUAGGAAGUGAGAGGAGACCUAAAGUAAAGGGACAACAAAAACGAAAGCCAAAAGGGGACAGGUGCUAUAACUGUGGAGGACUGGAUCAUCAUGCCAAAGAAUGUAACUUGCCUCCUCAACCUAAGAAAUGCCACUUCUGCCAGAGUACAAGCCACAUGGUGGCACAGUGCCCAGUGAAAGCUGCACAGCCUACCAGUUUACAAGAAAAGUCUGCCAUUGAUGAAUCAAGCCCAGCAAAUACAGAGUAG